CUGUCAGCUGAUCGGUCACAUGUCCCGGUGGCCCCGCCCUCUCGCAAAAUGGAGUUGUCGUCUUCCGUGCAGAGAGGGCUCCGGUCCCUCGGCGAACCGUCCGCCGCGGACCACGCCGCCUUCCCGGCGCUGGUGGACGCCUGCUUCCGCUCUCUGCUCUCCUCCGGCCGGGACGCGGGGUUGCCGGGUGAGCUGCGAGACCCCCUUUGUGCCCCGCCGCUUCUUGCUCACUUCUUGUUGCUCUCGGUCACGUUACGAUGUGUGCGGAAUCUGCAUUCACGCUCCUCAAACCCGGAAGUAGACGAGCCCGAAGUGAAGCAGGUCGAGCGGGUCCUGCUGAAGCGGAUGCACGCUGCGACCACCACAUUCAUCCUGGAAGCGGUCAGGCAAAACGCGGAUGAGUCCACGAUAAGCGCCUGCCUUGAGGAGCUGUCAUUCAGUUCAGAAAGAAUACAAAUAUUCUAUAGCUGCUAUCAGAAACACCACAAGGAGUUAGAGCGUUUGCUAGCGAGCAUUGGAAGGCAAGCAGCUCACAUUACCGACGUGUCAUGGCGCCUCCAAUAUCACGUGAAGAAUGGACAGGUCGAUAAGGUCAACGAGCCUUUCUACUUAUUAUCCCUCAACACCGAGAAUAAAGGUCGUCGCGAGGAUCUCCGCUUCACCUGCACCGUGGAGCAGUUACAGGACAUGGUUGGCAAGCUGAAGGACGCCGCCAAGAGCGCGGAGAAAGCCAGUCAGAUCCGGGGAUCACGUGAGGCAAGCGGGGCGGUCCGAGUGCAAGCCAUUUUGGGGACGGUGUCAGUUUCCACGGAGCGCGCGCACGCACCGCGCACACGCCGCUCGCCACUCAGGAGGAGGGGGGCCAAGUGGGGAUUUUGGAGGCAAACUUGUGUCGGAGCGGAGCGAGCCGACGCCGGAGGACUUUGGGCCGCGCGUCUGCAGCCUGCUUCAAGAUGGCGGCUGGGCUCCGAUUCAUUCGCUGCUGAUUCGCCUCCCAACUUUCAUUGUCUGUCCGCCCCCCACCACCCACCGCCCCCCGCCCCCGCCGCCCCCCAACCCCCGCCCCCCCCCCCCCCCCCCCAGCCGCAGCCAGCCGAGCCCGGCACACAGCUCCUUUCGCUCAUCAUGCAUCGGACGACCAGGAUCAAGAUCAGCGAGCUCAACCCUCACCUCAUGUGCGUCCUGUGCGGGGGUUACUUCAUCGACGCCACCACCAUCAUCGAAUGUCUGCACUCAUUUUGCAAAAUGUGCAUCGUCCGUUACCUCGAAACCAGCAAAUAUUGUCCCAUCUGCGACGUGCAAGUGCACAAAACCAAACCUCUGCUCAACAUUAGGUCAGACAAAACCCUGCAGGACAUCGUUUACAAACUGGUCCCAGGCCUCUUUAAAAGUGAAAUGAAGAGGAGAAGAGACUUUUAUGCCGAGCAUCCUGUCGAAGCUUCAAACGGCUCCAAUGAAGACCGAGGCCAGGUGGCAGACGAGGACAAGCGAAUCAUCACCGACGACGAGAUCAUCAGCCUCUCUAUUGAGUUCUUCGACCAGAGUGCCGGGCUGGCGGGUGGACUCGAUGACAAGCAUUCAAGCAAAGAUCAGACGGCCAACAAAAGGUACCUGCAGUGUCCGGCAGCGAUGACCAUCAUGCAUCUGAGGAAGUUCCUACGCAGCAAAAUGGACAUCCCCAACACUUACCAGGUAGAAGUCAUGUAUGAAGAUGAACCGCUGAAAGAUUACUACACGUUAAUGGACAUAGCGUAUAUCUACACUUGGAGAAGGACGGGCCCGCUGCCGCUCCAGUACCGAGUCCGGCCGAGCUGCAAGAAGCUGAAGGUGAGCCCCGACCGGUGCGGACCGGAGAGCGACUCGGCCAGCGACAAAGCCGGGAGUCCCGCGGGAGCCCCGUCCAGGUCCGCGUCCGCGUCCACGUCGUCGUCCUUGCCGAGCCCGGGCGACCCGGCGCUGCGCCCCCCCCGCGGCCCCGCCGCCAACGUCAACGGGACCCCGGCGGCGCAGGCCCCUUCGACCUUCGCCCAGCCCCGGAAGAUCGGCUCGGCCACCUCGUCCGGAUGACGCCGACGCCGACGCCGACGCCGUUACCAUGGCAACAUAGCGCCGUCGUUCUUUUGUUUCUGUCUCCGUUCUGACGUUUUAUGAUUGAUUUGCGUGUCAUUUGUGGAGCGCACUGAAGGCAUUUCGAAAGAAAAGUUACUCUCAAAUAUUCAAGAAAGUCAAGCAUUUAAAAAUCAAACCCAUAAAUAUGGCUGUAUUUUGUUAUGUACAUCAUUUGUUUUGACCCAUUCCCACAAACGAAACGCGUUUCGCUUCUGGCGCGCGAAGAUUUUCACUUUUGUGCUCUUUUUGUUUUUUGUUUUUUUUUAUCCUCCGGAGCAGACGUCUCAUUUCGUUGUUUUGUUUGUCCGAGGACAAUUGACAUAUUGCAAGCGUUUUCUACAAGCUGCGUGUCCAUAGAAAAAUACAGUAAUGCCAAACACGCUGGUUUCACGCUCAAUGACGUCACGUCUCCCGUGUUUUCUGUUGAUUGGCUCGAUUGUAUGGACAACUUAUUGUAUUGUUACUGUUGCACAGUAUAAAACAUCUAAAUAAACUUUUACACUUAA